AUGCGCAGCUGUGAGAGCGCAAAAAACAACUAGUUCGGGGACACAGAACCCCAGACAAAAAAGUUCACAUGCUGGGCUGGACAGCACAGCACACCGAGGACCAAGAUAGCUAUAACGUUACGAGGAUUGGGCGUAGUCCAAAGACAACUAAAUUGGGCUUCAUUACAUCUUGAGGAGAAGAAGGUGCCUUCAAACCAAAAAUACGUUUUGAUAGCCAAACGGCGAGAUAAAUUGCUCAUAAUGGCCUCGGAAGAGCUUUAUGAGGUUGAGAAAAUUGUGGACAAACGGAAGAACAAGAAGGGAAAGAUGGAGUACCUGGUCCGCUGGAGGGGGUACGGAUACGAGGGGGACACCUGGGAGCCCGAGUCGCACCUCUCCGCCUGCAUGGAGUUCAUUCACCAUUUUAAUCAGUCACACGGCGAAAGACCGAGAGAUGGCAGUUUACUGCGCUCCACUCAAAGCUCUCCCAGCACAGCCCACAGCCACAGUUCGAGCAACAACGCCCGCAAACAGAUCUGCAGGCCUCAGCCACUCUGCGGCAAUAGUGGAGCAGGAGGCCACGCUCUAGUGAAACCCACCUCUUCGCCCACCACAGCAGCUACGUCCGUCUCCAAACGGCCGCAGCAACCACAGUUGCCACCACUUGACUCUAGCCUGGCAAAUUCCAAAACGGACACACAGCAGCUUAUCUUGGGCCAAAAGUACAGUGAUUGCACUCCCUGUGCCAUUUCUAGUCCAAGCUUCACAGGUGGACCCGCUGCUUCUCCAGUGGGCACGGCGCGUCGGAGUAUGGACCUGGCCAGGUCCGGGAUCAAAAUCCUGGUUCCCAAAAGCCCCAUGAGCAGCUGGGUGGACUCUGAAGAGUCGCCCAGCGAGGCGGCCCACAGUCUGGAACAGGGGGGUCAGGAGCAGGACUCUGUGCCCCCAGAGGUGGCCCUGUUGGAAAAGCCCCUGGGGUUGCUGCUGGGGCCCGGGGAAGAAAGGGCACGCAUGGGGACUCGACCCAGGACUCAAAGCCAAAUCCCAUUGAUCCCUCAGCCAGUCCCCGUAACACCCACAUCCAUACGUACCCUCAAUGGGAAAGGUACAUCGACACUCAUGGAGGCUCUGGCGGCCAAUGGGACGGCUAACCUGCAGAGUGCCGUGGCGCGGGUAACCGCUGUCUCCGGAGUGGCGGGGAAACGGCGCUUCGAAGAGCAGCGCUCGGUCUUCGACAAGCGCCUUCGGUUCAGCGUACGGCAGACGGAGAGUGCCUAUCGCUACAGGGACCUCGUCGUCAAGAAGCAGGACGGCUUCACCCACAUCCUGCUCUCCACCAAGACCUCGGAGAACAACUCACUCAACCCCAACGUGAUGAAGGAGAUACAGAGUGCCAUGGCCACAGCGGCAUCCGACGACAGUAAGCUGGUCCUACUGAGCGCCGUAGGCAGCUUCUUUUGCUUCGGCCUGGACUUCAUCUACUUCAUCAGGCGGCUCACCGACGACCGUAAGAAAGAGAGCAUCAAGAUGGCCGAGACCAUUAGGACAUUCGUGAACACUUUCAUCCAAUUCAAGAAGCCUAUCAUCGUAGCCGUGAACGGACCGGCGGUGGGCCUCGGAGCCUCCAUCCUCCCGCUGUGUGACGUGGUCUGGGCCAACGAGAGAGCCUGGUUCCAGACGCCGUACACCACCUACGGACAGACACCCGACGCCUGCGCCUCCGUCACCUUCCCUCGCAUCAUGGGCGUGGCCUCGGCCAAUGAGAUGCUGCUGAGUGGGAGGAAGCUGACGGCCCAGGAGGCCUGUGCUAAAGGGCUUGUCUCCCAGGUGCUGUGGCCCGGGACUUUCACUCAGGAGGUGAUGGUUCGCAUUAGGGAGCUAGUCUCUUGUAAUUCAGUUGUCCUGCGGGAGUCCAAAGCACUGGUCCGAAAUGCAAACCGGGCCGCCCUGGAGCAGGCCAACGAACGCGAGUGUGAGGCGCUGAAGAGAGUUUGGGGCUCCUCGCAGGGGAUGGACUCCAUCCUCCAAUAUCUGCAGAAGAAGAUAGAUGAGUUUUAAGGAAAGCAUGUAUCCCCCAUGUUCCCGAGCCCCAUUCAGUGGGGGAACCAGACAAACAGCACUGGGAGUGCAACCGGUUCAAUCUGCAAUCUGUGUGAUUAAUUUUAUGUGUGUGUGUGUGCCCAUUGAGACGUUGAUGCUGGACCUUUAAAUCUUCCUGGUGACCAUAUGUUGACCCUUUACCCAAUAACCCCCGGCCUUUGACCCUUUUACCCCAGUGUUUCCCAACCCUGGUCCUCCAGUAGCCCCAACAGCUCA